AUGCCUGGAAAGGUUCACAUUUUCAACGAGUUGAGCACUACUGAUGAAGAUCUCAGUGCUUGCUCCUAUUCCUCAUGGUACCGGACUUUUAGUGAGAAUGUUGUGUCUCCAGCGAAAAUAAUAGAAGUGCCAGACUCCUUCAUUGAGUACAUUAGUAAGGAUAGCAUUCAUCUUCCAGGUGAUGACAACAAUAACGUAGAAAUUAACGAUGAUAAUGAUUACAGCGAUUGGUCAGAUGCAGAGGAAACAUUUUUAGACCCUUCAGAAAAUUUUUCUGAGUUCCACAGUAAAGUGAAAGAUGUGAUAACUCAAUAUUCUCAUGUCGCUCCGAAACUGAACUGGUCAGCUCCAAGGGAUGCAACUUGGAUCAUGAUGAACAACACAAUGAAAUGUUCUUCGGUAAACGAUGUCUAUCUCUUAUUGAACUCCUCUAACUACGUGGCUCACGAUUUAAAAUUGGAAACUUCAUUAAAGUACGAACUGGUUCUUAGAAAAUGGGUCGAAAUAAAUCCAGCUCUAGAGUUUAGAUGUUUCGUCAGAGACGGCAAACUGAUAGGAAUAUCUCAAAGAGACCUUAACUACUACAAUUAUCUUGAUAGCCUCAAAGAUGUGAUAGAAAGCGGGAUAAAGAAGUUUUUAGAAGAGACGGUAAGUCCCAAGUUUCCUCUGAAAAAUUAUGUGAUUGACGUUUACUUUCCCAGACCCUUCACUAAAAUGUACAUAGUUGAUUUCAACCCUUUCAAUAGAAGCUGUGAUUCCUUACUUUUUACAUGGCACGAACUGACCAUAGCAACACAUGUUGACUUCAGAUUGGUCACGGAACAUAAUCCAAGUAGGUUUGCAGCCAAAGAGCAUUCUGAAAAUCAGGUCCCCAAAGAUAUUGUUGAUGCAUCCUUAGAUUCUGCCGCCAUGGCAGAACUUGCUCAGAAAUGGAACGAGCUGAUGAAAAAAGAAGAACCAUAA